CUUGAACUUGAAGCCGGGUUUAGGGUUUAGGAUGAACCAGCAGGGAAGGCGUUUACAAGAAUAACAUUGACAAGAAGGCGGCCAAAGCACAGCAUCGCCUGUCAAAAUCUUUGCAGAUCAUCCAAGCUCAGGAGUUGAACGUAUUCACGCAACCUUCCCAUUGUCCCACUCGGUUGAGCUUUGGGGGCGUAUCUCUCCAAAGGAAGCCAUGGCUGCAUCCGGAGCUGGAACUUCGAAGAUGGUGGAAAAACUCGAGAAGACGGUUGAAGCAGGACAGUACUACGAAGCGCAGCAGAUGUACAAGAGUGUGCAAGCGAGGUACCUGGGGCAGAAGAAGGUGAAGGAAGCGCUGGAUCUUUUGGAGGCUGGUGCCUGCACACAGCUGAAGCACGGUCAGGUGACGUGCGGGGCAGAGCUCGCUCUACUUCUCGUGGAGGCCUUGUCCAAGUUCGAGAUUCCGUUUGGGGAGGAGCCUCUAGGUCGCAUUCGGCGGAUGUACGAGCUGUUCCCGACGUCAGAAGCGCCGAAGGAGGAGAGUGGGGAGGGUUCUUUCCAAGAUGCGGAGGAGGAGCCAAACACAGACGGGCCCACGACGACUGGCCGAGGGCAGGGCUGCCGGGACUUCUUGAGAGCGGCCAUCAAGUGGUCCGAGAAGUGUGGUGGUCCGGCUCAGGGUGCGCCCGAGCUACACGUCAUGCUGGCCGACUACGUGUGGGCCUCUGCGGGGGACCUCGCGACGGCGUCGCGGCACUAUCUGCGAGCGGACAAGCCCGCGCGGUUUGCGGAAGUGCUCGGAGAGGCAAUGCAACAGGGAUACCCCAGCGAAGCAGACCUAGUCAUUGCAAGAGCCGUUCUGCAAUACCUGUCCCUGGGCAACUUGAAGGACGCGAAUAUUGUCUUUGAGGAGACGAAGAAACGCGCGGAUACGGCAGUGGAGACAAUUCUAGAAGCUUCGCCGCUGAUGCACUUCAUCGACUUCCUUCUUCAAACACUCGAGCGCGACGCGCUACCUCUUUUCAAUCUGCUCCGGCACAAGUACAAGCCCAGCCUGGAGCGCGACCCCUCCUUCCAAACGUACAUUGGCGAGAUCGCUUUCAAAUUUUUGGUUAAGUGGACGGGCUUACGGGAGUGCGCUUUUGGAGAGACCAAGGGCAGAACCGCAUCGCAGGUGCGGCGGCAGUGUCUCUUUCUAGAAGACGAAGGCUAG